AGAACUUAUGAUCUGAACUCUGGGUUUUACAAUUUAGGAUUACACUCUUGAUCAUCUUUUUUCUUUUUGCAGCAGAUGUCGGGGACUCGGAUCCAGGGGGCAGCGGCUGUUUCUCCCCGCCCCAGCCUUCCCCGGUGAUGCAGUUACCUCCGGCUUCUUACCCUCCGACAAGAUCCAUGAAUACCACCACCAACCUUCCACUCUAUGAGCCGCUCUUUGGCCAAACUACCCUUCUCUCACCUCGCCCAACCUCAGGCCUCCAUCCUAAUUCAGAUAAACCUCUGAGCGUUAGCAAAAGCAUAAAAACAGCAGAAGAUCUCCAACAAGAUGCAUUCGUAGAUCCUGGUCUCAACCCAUCCUUGGACUCCGAUCAUGGCCUUGUUACACUGGCUUUCCCCUCUGCUACUUGGUCCUCCUGCCCAAGUCCACAGAGAACCACUCCCUGCUCAGGGUCAGGGCCAAAGCUGACCCCUUCUCCUGCAGUGAGUCGGCUGGAGUCUCAUCGCUGGCCUGUCCUGCCUCCCAUCUCCCCUGUCAGAGGACAGUGCGGCACAGUAGCAUCACGCUACUCUGAGCUCAGCUGCAGUCGGUCUCGUGUGUUUGACGAACUGGAGGCCAUCGCCCCUCGAUCUGCUUCCUGUCCAUCUCUGGACCAGGCAUCAGACUCUUCAGGCUGCCCUUCACCUGAUACAGAGCUGUCUCCUGGCCUGGCAGCGCUGACGGUGGGCUGUGACUCAGGGCAUCUGGGCUCCUUGUCCCGGGUCCGGCUGCUCCUCUUGGACCGGCCGCAGCCUGAGACCCUGCCGAGUCCCCGUGUUUUUGAGGAGGAUUUCUCACCGGUGCAGGACUGGACUAUUCUGAGGAUGCAGUAUGAUCCAGGAUUGACUUCGGAAGGUGUUUUGAGACCCCUCACAGCUGGCAGCAUCUCUGAAAGGUGUGACUCCGCAGGGAAAGUCCAGGAAAACAAAUCGGAUCAGUCUGAAGGAGGCUCUGGGUCACCAUCUUCAUGGAUCAUAGACCCGAGUCCAUCGUACAGCAUGUUCAGAUCCUCGUAUUCUCCCUGCCCGUCCAAUCACAGUUCCAGCACACAUGGAGGGGGUCCCUCCGAGGAGGAGUCCAAUUAUGCAGGAUGGAGGGAUCCAGUUGAGUCCUCAGCCGGAGGGAGGAGCCCAGAAAGCCUCGAACACAGAUUUGAAGAGAAGGCAAGCAGGCUAGAGGAGAGGAAAACAAAGGUGCUGAACAUGCUUUCCAAACUGCAGGACGACACCCCUCGCAAGAACAAAAGCAGCAAGGGCUGCUCCAAUUUUGAGGACUUCGACUUUUUGGCAAAAUAUUGCAUUUUCAGUCAGGAGAAGCUGGACGAGUACAAAAGAGCUUUUGAAGCAGAGGACUGUGACGGUGACGGCUACAUCUCCUGCCUUCAGGUUCUCCUCGCUCUUAAAGACAUCAUCCCUCCAGAGCUGCUGUCUGACGAGGAGGAGAUCUACGUCUACAGGAUCCUGGAGAUGGUGGACUUCAGAGUGGCGGAUGGGCUCGUGGACCUGAGGCUCUUCGCCGUGAUUGCUAGCCUGGCACAGAAGAUAGCCACCAUGGAUGACUUCAUGCGGUCGCUAAUCAGCAGCAUGGACCUCCGCUCCCUGGAAGUGAGGCUCUUCAAAGCGAAGCAACUGUUCCUGUUCCUGCUGGAGGAGCAGCAAGGAGACGCGGCAGCUCAGCGGGGAUUUAUCAGCGCAGAGCAGCUGCUUCUGGAGCUGAAGGCCGGCGGGAUCCACCUGGAGCAGGAGGCGGCCAUCAGACUGGAGCUCCAACAAAUUCCCCCGCUGGACCUGCUGGACUUCCUGGCCUACCUGCCCCUCUUCAUGCUCAUUCACAAGUCCGUCAUCUCCAACCCUCUGGACGACUCCGGCAAGCUCUGACCUCAGCCACCGCUCGGUCUGCCCUGCGAGGCUCAGGUAUCAGCGUGGCUGCGGGGCGUGAACAGGGCACCGUAGUCACUUUUUGAUCUUCCAUGAGACAAAACGCCUCACUGGAGCCUCCGCUGUUCACCCAAACAAACAAGGACGGAAAUGCGCGGUGUACAAUAAUUUACAGCAAAGGUCAGAGAAAAGCUUCAUCGUACAUUUAAAGGUGUUUGAAAGUGUUGCAGUGAAACCAGCCGACAACGGUUGAGCGACACUUGUGCUGCACUUUCCCAAAUGUGACUGACAACCUAACGAUACUUAAUGGUUAUUUUUGUCGAUUUCCUGUUGUCAUCGACGAGGACUUGUCUCCUGGACUGCUGUGGACUUUUGGAAGUCAAACACCGCUCCCCUCCAGAUGUGCACAGACCACACUACAAGGAAAGGCAUUCUUAAAUGGACUUCUGUUGAGCCUCUCAGACAUGUGGAGCGUUUCAUAGAGCUGUAAAGUGCUGUCUAUGGUCCUGAAACCUUCUGCAGCUGUGGAUGCUCGCUGAGCAACACUGCAGCGGCACUGAAGAACCGGCAUAUUGGCUGAGUCAGUUGAAAACUCUCAAAGGUCUUUAGAAAAGGACUGUGACGCGCUGCUUUGGGGGCUGUGCUUUGUGUAGCUUUGCUGAUGCGACAACUGCUUAUUGUUCUGGGUUAAAAAAACAAAAAACAAAACAAUAUUUGAGCAGGUAGCAGCCGCGACUGUUGGCCCCCCUCUAACCAAACCUUAUCCACACUGAUGGAUGAUAUUCAACUAAUAUAGUUGGAGCUACUGUUUUGCUCCCAGCUUUGCCCAUUAGAUACGGCCGUGCUCGCCUGAGGUCCAUACCACACUUGACAGACCGCCACAGAGGAAGACGUGAUGGGCCAGGACUGUUAGAUCAGGGACGUCCUGUGAGCAGCAUACGCCAUCACGUAGAGCCCGAAUACACAAGAGAAAACUAUAAUUCUACCGGCUAAUGUUAAACCUUCCUUUAAGAUUACGUCGUUUUGAGAUUCUGAUGUUGAUAAAAACACUUCAAACCUGCUUUGAUAUCAAACGGAUGACGUCCUCUCAGCUGUAAUGUCAUCCUUAUCUUCCUGUGACCUUUGCGAAUGUCACAGCCGUGUAAUUGAAGCAGACCAAGAACCUGACGAGGCAGUUCCUGUUUAAUGCAGUCUGGUGCUAAAAGGUGCGGAAAUUAUUUCUACCUGUAAAUUCCCUUGUAGUUUUUCUAUUGUUUUUAAAUGACUGGAGCAUCUCUGAGAGGAUUAAAGUGACCAAAGUCUUGAAAAUGAUCCAAAUGGUUAUGUUAGGGGUCUCGAGAACAAACUCUUUUUUUAUUUUAACAACUUAUUUACAGCUCUACACUGUCGAAAUUGUUGCAUCGGCAGCAUUGUGCCACAUUUUGGUCAUGACUUCUGCAAAAGUAGAAGUGAAAUAUUAGCCCUCAAUGGUUGUUUGCGAGUAAAUAAACUGACAAGGGCCAGUUUGGUCUCCUACUGUGCUGGAAAAACGAGGAAGACGUGUUAACGUUACGGGACAUGUUCACCCGUAUCACGUGAGUCACAUGGGUGCACUGGCCUGUACUUGGGUGGAGGUUGAGUUUGACAACACCUCUCUUAUAUAUUGGUCUUUCAUGUGACACCAUUUGGUCAAUUUUGCUCCUCACAUCAUCUCAAAUUGUCUGUGAUACUUCUGUUACGCCUUCCUCCUGCCUGAAUUUACUGGAUCAUAAAAAAAUCACCUGUCGUUCUGUUGUCACCUCUGUCUUCUCCUGAUGAUGUUUUAUUUUUAAUUUUUUUUUGCAUUCUCUUGUCUUUACUAUCAUUAGUCUGUGCAUGAAAAGGUCUGUGGGUCCAUUUGGGAGUAGUGGCGGAUUGUUCCUUUAACAAAUGGCUUAACUUUUUUUUAAUUUUCACUCACUUUGAAUAAAAACAGAUUUUUAAUUUGAUAAGCCUUUUGAGAACCAGACAUACUUAACAGCUGUCUUAAAUAAGCAAACGUUUGUCAACAAGUUCUUGUCUUAAACUCAAAGAAAAC